UACAAACAUGGCUCCAUUACAGCCGAGUUUCCACUUCGACAAAAUCUUAUUAUGUCAACAUGGCUACACCACUGUCAUGCCAGUAAACAGUCUCGAGGGUUGCAUGCACGAGGGCUGCAAAGGGAGGAGGACUUUAAAGCUCAGCCGCUGAUCACCGGACUUCGACCCUGAAAAUUGUCAAUGAGUAUAAAAGUAGUUGUUUGUGUUGAAACGCCUGCAGCUGCCCCAAGGUCUGCUCCGUAGCUCUCUGCAGCCGAAAGCGGUCGAUGGAUUUCCAAAAACUUUGCACUUUUGACACCUUCAAGCAGCUGUGGAGUCACUACGGUUAUGGAGAAAACUUCCAAGACGUGAUUGAGCAGGAGUUCACACGGAUUAAAGGAAUUACAUACCUGGAUCAUGCAGCAACUACUCUGUACCCUGAGUCUCUGGUCAGGGACUACUUCCAGGACAUUUCAAGGAAUGUGUACGGAAACCCUCACAGCCAUAACCCCAGCAGCAGAUUGACGCAUGACACAGUGGAGAGGGUCAGAUACAGGGUAUUGCAGCAUUUUAACGCCACCCCUGAGGAGUACUCUGUGAUUUUCACUUCUGGUUGUACAGCCACACUCAAAUUAGUGGCUGAGAGCUUUCCCUGGAGACCACAGACUGAGAGCGAAGCAGGGAGUUGCUUCUCCUACCUCACUGACAGCCAUACCUCUGUAGUCGGCAUAAGAGGACUGAGUUCUGGCCAGGGGGUGGUUGCCCUGCCUGUCUCCCCGCAGGAAGUGGAAAACAGGGCAAAGGAUGAAGCUCAAGGUGAAGAUGUUAUUUGCCAGACACCGCACCUCUUCUGCUAUCCAGCACAGAGCAACUUCUCAGGGAGGAAGUAUCCCCUUAGCCAUGUGAAAGGCAUCCAGGCGAGACGCCUUUACCCAGCGUGUGGCCACCACGGCCGCUGGUUUGUGCUGCUCGAUGCAGCAUCUCAUGUCAGCUGUUCCCCUCUAAACCUACAGGAGUGCCCUGCUGAUUUCAUUCCCAUCUCCUUCUAUAAGAUGUUUGGCUUCCCCACAGGUCUGGGGGCCCUUCUUGUCCGUAACGACACAGCAGGCAUACUAAAAAAGACUUAUUUUGGAGGAGGCACAGCAGCAGCUUACCUUUCUGGAGAAGAUUAUUAUGUGCAGGUGGCAAACAUUUCUGACAGAUUUGAAGACGGGACUGUCUCUUUCUUAGAUAUCAUUGCUUUAAAUCAUGGUUUUGAAGCUCUUAACAGGAUCACAGGGGGCAUGCACAACAUCCAACAGCACACAUUUGGCUUGGCACGCUACACUUACAUGCUGCUGUCAAGUCUUUGCCAUGGCAACGGGCGACCAGUGGCUCAGAUAUACACCGAAGGCCAGUUUGAGAGUCCAAGCACACAGGGCGCAAUCCUUAACUUCAACAUUAAGGAUUCUCACGGACAGAUAAUUGGAUAUUCUCAGGUGGACAGAAUGGCCAGUCUUUACAAUAUCCAUGUGCGCACAGGUUGCUUCUGUAACACCGGUGCCUGUCAGUUUUUCCUUGGGAUCACCAAUCAGCAGAUGAGGAGGAACCUGCAGGCUGGCCAUGUCUGUGGAGACACCAUCGACCUGGUGGACGGCCAGCCGACCGGAUCUGUACGUGUGUCCUUUGGCUACAUGUCGACAUUUGAAGACUGUCAAAAGUUCCUGAACUUUGUUGCCAAGUGCUUUGUGGAGAAACCAGUCACAGUGGACCAAGUGAGACUAGAGAAGCUAAAAAAAGCCACAGCAACAACCCAGAGCCUAAAUGAAGGAAUCAAAAUCACUAAUGGAGAAAUAUGUAAAGUAGAUGAGAAGGAGAAGCCUGCAGAAGCGUCAUUGAGAGGAUUUGGACACAGAGACUCACACAGAGAGGCUUAUACUCUGACCAACAUUUUCAUAUAUCCCAUCAAAUCAUGUGGCGCCUACGAGGUCCACAACUGGCCGGUGGGACCACUGGGUUUACUGUAUGACAGAAGCUGGAUGGUAGUGAAUGGAAACGGCGUGUGCCUGAGUCAGAAGAGAGAGCCACGCUUAUGCCUCAUUCACCCACAAGUCUGCCUGCCCUCAAACAAAUUGCUCCUGCAGGCAUCAGGGAUGGAUACCAUUUCAGUUCCCUUGGAAAGCAACAAUAAAAUGCACACAAGGUAUCAGGUGUGUCAGAGUAAAGUUUGCGGUGACAGGGUGGAGACUGUCGACUGUGGGGAUGAGGCUGCAUCAUGGCUCUCAGAAUUUCUUGGACAGCCAUGCCGCCUGAUAAGACAAAGUCCUGAUUUUACCCGAGACAUGAAGAGACCUAGUGGAGCUGCCACCUCCACAUCCCUCUCCCUCGUGAAUGAAGCUCAGUAUCUCAUGAUCAACCGUGCCAGUGUGGAGCUCAUUCAGAAACUAAUGAGGAGCAGGCAGGACGACUCCGAGGGCGAUCAGCUCCUUGACACACAGAAUGUCAUUAGCCGCUUCCGAGCCAAUUUAGUCAUCGCUGGGGUAGAACCAUUUGAGGAGGAUAAUUGGUCACACUUGAUUAUUGGCAACACUCGAUUCAUGGUCGUAGGGCAGUGUGGAAGAUGCCAGAUGAUCGGAGUAGACCAGGAGACUGGGACCAAAACAAAAGAGCCACUAAUGUCUCUCUCUGCCUACCGCAAUAAGGUCACUUUCGGUGUGUACCUCACCCAUCAGGUACCAGAGGGCUCCACUGAAGCCUGUGUUCUCUCUGCUGGUUCCUUUAUACAGCCAGUGCUGCACAGUUCUUGAAGUAGUCAUCUGCGUCUUUAUUUUGGUGUUGUCUUCGGUCCUAAGUGGUUAUUUUUGCACUGCAUGUCCUAAAGAUCACCUGUCAAACACUGCGGGGAGUUUCUGUAGAUGUUGCUCUUUAAUUUGUCUGUGAUGCCCUGGUGGCUUUUGUCCUCUCAAGUAUCCUUUUCAUACCAGGGCAUUCAGAUUUCAUUUUGUCUGAGUCUGUUUUGAUGGGAAAUGAAUAAGAUUUCUAGAUUUCUUCCCCAGUGGUUACGUUCUUAAAAUGUGUGCAAUAAAGUGGAUAUAUUAAUUGCAAUUAUAA